AUGAAUAAUUCUACAGAUGAAUUAGCUCAUGAUUUAUUGAACAAAAAGGUACACAAUAUUGUUGGUCAAAGAAGGAUGUCUAAUCUAGAGUUGGCUAUUUUACCACAACUCGGGCAUGAUGAUACGAAGGCUCUUGUUUCACAAAGGGACAAAUCUGAAUCAGAACAGUUAACUAUAUUCUAUGCUGGAGUUGUGCACGUUUAUGACAAUAUUUCCGUUCAAAAGGCAGAGUCAAUUAUGAUUCUGGCUCGUGAAAACUGUAAUGCAAAGGAAAUUAAACCAACUCAGAAAUCCCAACUUCCACAUCAUGUCUACAAGUUUCAAGCAGACUUGCCAAUUGCAAGAAGGAAAUCCCUCAAGAGAUUCUUUGAGAAACGUCAUGACAGGAUUAUAAGUAAACAACCAUAUGCCUCUCCUGCAUGUGAUCAUGAUCAAAGUGGAAUUAAAAUUGGGAACGAUAUAGAGAAGAUUAACACAACUCUUGCACAAGGAUAA